CAGCCGAGCCUUCCUGUGGUACCACAGACGUACGCCGCGCUCCACAACCAUGAAGAUCACCGUGUACCUCAUUCUGGCACUGGCCGCAGCCUGCCACGCCAUGCCCCAGAACCCAGCGACGUACGAUGCACAGAACUCCGAGGUCCAAGCAGAGGACAGCCAGAAGGCGAAGCGAGGCCUGCCCAUCUUCCACACUCCCAUAGCGCCGCUGCCGCUGUCCAUCUACCAUGCUCCCAUCCUGGCGCCAGCACCCUUAAUCGCACCCAGAUUCAUCGCAGCUCAUACGCCCAUCUUCCACGCCCCCAUCAUCCACCACCCACCAAUCAUCGCUCUUCACCACUAGAUGUGAAGCGACCUACCUAGUCCACACUGGGUGUACUGCUCAGCCAUAGAUUGCGACGUAAUCAUAGAUGUAGUUCACACACAAUAGCCGCAUCACAUUAUAUUACCUCACGACGUCCUUACUGGAGGAAUUAAAAGGUGCAGAAGUGUGGAACUUUCAUAGAAUCGCCAGCAACGAUUUGAUGAAACGUUCGUUUAUGUUGAGAGUUGAAGCAGCCUGGUCCUUCAAGUAAAAUGCUCUACACGUCUUGAAGAUGUAGAACAGUGCCUUGAGCUUCAUUAUAAUAAAUCUGAACUGUGGGACAGUAAUAUCACUUCCAAACAUUUACGAAUUCCAAAUCUGGUUUUUAUUGGAUGCAGCAGAGCAUCGCUUAGUGGUACUAAGUAAGUUUUGUACUAUAGCUAUCCCUCUGCCUCUGUAUUGACGAUAUUACAGCCAAUCUUUAUUGAUAACUCCAGUACGUAUGCCUGAAAGUAACUCAGAAUACUGAAACUGAGUUACUUUUAUUUUGAGUUGUGCUCAAGUCAUUCUGUGCGACUCCAGUAAGGACAACCUAAAUUUAAUUACAUUAGUAACAAGAAAAAGUAACAAAUAAUGUAUGUUACUACUCCUUGUGUCACACACAUUUACUGUGCUUUGUUGCGUACAGCAUAAACGUAUCAUGACUGUAAAAAACUAAUCGCCAAAUUAAUAUCAACCGGUUGAUAUCUUAAUCAUUGACAUUUAGUAACGCUACAUUGUCCCUAACGUUUAUAACAUUCGUGUGCUAUAGCUGAUUUAUACUGUAAACACUAACACCUAAUUUUAAGAAGAAGCGCAUAUUAACUCAGUUCUGUGGCGCUUUUUUGCAUUUGAUGUCCUAUUGAAAUAGUGUAAAGCAUUUGCGCUUACGAUCAUGUAUUACCUCAUUAAAUGUCUCUUGUAUCGUAUGUUAAGAUGGGAGAUGUUUUAUAUAGUCACAUUUGCUCAAUAAAAUUUAUUAUUCAU